AUGAAGUACCAAUUGUAACAUCUCUAAAUGAAAGGAAAGCUAACGUAAUAAAUAUAAUAUCAUGUUUAAUAUAUCAUUUGUUAAUUUUAAUAAAUAAUGCUCAACACUUCUUCGAUUCAAUCAACAAGUGAAAUCCCUAAUUUUGUUGUAAUUGAUAAUGAAUACAUUAUAAUGAAAAACCUUUAUAAAGGAAACACCUACAAUUUAUAUAUAGGUAGAGAUUGAAAGCCUAGCUAGCUGUAAAAAGAGAUUGUUCUGACGAUUAAAAGAAAUUUGUACUGAUCAAAAUGCGCAGGUACCCAAUGCCCUUUUAUUAAGAACUAAUGCCUCAGAACAGAAUUUUGAGUAGUACUUCUUAAAUAAACUAAAAGACAGUAAGGUAAAUUAAUAUAUAGGUAAAUGUACUACAAGAAUUCUGUCCAUCGGAGAAUAAACAAUUAAGGAACAACUUUAUCAUUAUCAAAUCAUGGAACGUCACGGUCCCUCUUUAAAACUAGUCUAUAACUACUUAUCCAAAAAUAUUCCUAUAACUUUACUGUGUUUGAUGGCAAUUCAGACUGUAAAUAAUAGGAAUUUAAGUAGCUUACUUGUCUUGAGUAGAUCCACAAACAUUUGAUAAUACAUCGUAACAUAAGACCCAAGAAAUUGGUGAUAUCUCAAAGCGGCUCUGAAAUUUUAUUAACUGAUUUCAAGUAUGCUUGUCGAUAUAGGAAACAAUAAAAUAAUAUAUUAGUCAAUGAUAAUUUACGCACUACUUCGAAUAAACGAUUUCUAAACAAAUUCUCAAGCUUGAAUCAACAUUUAGAAUAAGGUAUAUUAAAAUUAAUAGAAUCAAGUCUCUUCUCCGAAGGAUGACCUAGAAUCUCUCGCCUUGAUCCUUGUAUAUUAUGGGGGAUUUGCUCCUGUCCUUGAUAUUAAAGAGGAGAACAGAGGACUAAAAAUUAAAAAAAUAGAACAAAUUAAACUGACUCUAUUGUCAGAGCUUUCAUUCAAAGGGGCUCCUCUAGAGUUCAUUUAAUUUUAUAAUGGAGUCAAAUAAUCCUGUGUUAGUGAUUAUCCCUAAGAUUACGAAAAAUACAAAUAAUUAUUUAGAAAAUUAUUGAACAGUUGUGGUUUGACUGAGAAAGAUGUAGUGUACCCUCAUUUAUAAAUGAUGAAACAGCAUAAUUAUAAUAUGAAGGUAAUAAUGGAGGAAUAAGAAACAUAAGCUUAAAUGGAUUCUAUAGAUGAAGAUCACAGAGUGUUCAGAAAGAUCAUGGAAUUAAAUGAGUAGAAAUAUCACAGAUUGAUUUCUUUAGAAAAUUAAAAUCAGAGUUCUCAAAAACAAUGA